AUGUCCUCUAUUUACAAAGCUUUGUCUGGUAAAGAUAAGAAAGGUUCAAAAGAAACCAAGCAACAUAAUGAAAAGCAAUUCAUGAAUAAGCAACGUACUUUAUUGAUAUCAAGUCGAGGAGUUAACUUUAGACAUCGUCAUUUGAUCCAAGAUUUGUUCUCUUUAUUGCCACAUUCUAAGAAGGAACCAAAAUUGGAUACUAAGAAAGACUUACAACAAUUGAAUGAAAUUGCUGAAUUAUACAACUGUAACAAUAUUUUAUAUUUUGAAGCUAGAAAACAUCAAGAUUUGUAUCUAUGGUUAUCUAAACCUCCAAACGGUCCUACUAUCAAAUUCUACAUUCAAAAUUUGCAUACUAUGAAUGAAUUAAAUUUCACAGGUAACUGUCUGAAAGGUUCUCGUCCAGUUUUAUCCUUUGAUCAUAGAUUUGAUACUUCACCACAUUAUCAAUUGAUAAAAGAAUUAUUGAUUCAUAACUUCGGUGUUCCACCAACUUCCAGAAAGAUUAAACCAUUCAUUGAUCAUGUAAUGUCAUUCAGCAUUGUCGAUGACAAGAUUUGGGUAAGAACCUAUGAAGUUUCUCAUGCUGCUAGAAAUAAAGAAGAAUAUGAAGAUAAUGAAGAAGAUUUAUCAUUAGUCGAAAUUGGUCCAAGAUUUGUUAUGACCGUUAUCUUGAUUUUAGAAGGUUCUUUCGGUGGUCCAAAGAUCUAUGAAAACAAGCAAUAUGUUUCUCCAAAUGUCGUUAGAGCUCAAAUGAAACAACAAGCUGCCAACGAAGCAAAGGCAAGAGCUGACGCCGCUGUUGAAAGAAAAAUCAAAAAGAGAGAAAGUGUGCUUGCUGCUGAUCCACUUUCUAAUGAAGUGUUAUUCAAGUAA